AUGGUGUUACUCAAGAGUUUCACGCUUAAUAGUACUUGUCGAACUUCAGAGGGUCGCAGACUGAAAAUAGUGUGCUUUAGAGAACACCAUGUAGUGUGCUUUAGAGAACAUCAUGUAGUGUGCUUUAGAGAACACCAUAUAGUACGCUUUAGAGAACAUCAUGUAGUGUGCUUUAGAGAACAUCAUGUAGGGUGUGUUAGAGAACAUCAUGUAGUGUGCUUUAGAGAACAUCAUGUAGUGUGCUUUAGAGAACAUCAUGUAGUGUGCUUUAGAGAACACCAUAUAGUACGCUUUAGAGAACAUCAUGUAGUGUGCUUUAGAGAACAUCAUGUAGGGUGUGUUAGAGAACAUCAUGUAGUGUGCUUUAGAGAACAUCAUGUAGUGUGCUUUAGAGAACAUCAUGUAGUGUUUGUUAGAGAACAUCAUGUAGUGUGCUUUAGAGAACAUCAUGUAGUGUGCUUUAGAGAACAUCAUGUAGGGUGUGUUAGAGAACAUCAUGUAGUGUGCUUUAGAGAACAUCAUGUAGUGUGCUUUAGAGAACAUCAUGUAGUGUUUGUUAGAGAACAUCAUGUAGUGUGCUUUAGAGAACAUCAUAGAACAUCAUUAGUGUGCUUUAGAGAACAUCAUGUAGUGUGCUUUAGAGAACGCCAUGUAGUGUGUGUUAGAGAACAUCAUGUAGUGUGCUUUAGAGAACGCCAUGUAGUGUGUGUUAGAGAACAUCAUGUAGUGUGCUUUAGAGAACAUCAUGUAGUGUGCUUUAGAGAACAUCAUGUAGUGUGCUUUAGAGAACAUCAUGUAGUGUGCUUUAGAGAACGCCAUGUAGUGUGCUUUAGAGAACAUCAUGUAGUGUGCUUUAGAGAACAUCAUGUAGUGUGCUUUAGAGAACAUCAUGUAGUGUGCUUUAGAGAACAUCAUGUAGUGUGCUUUAGAGAACAUCAUGUAGUGUGCUUUAGAGAACAUCAUGCAAUGUGCUUUAGAGAACGUCAUGUAGUGUGUGUUAGAGAACAUCAUGUAGUGUGCUUUAGAGAACAUCAUGUAGUGUGCUUUAGAGAACAUCAUGUAGUGUGCUUUAGAGAACAUCAUGUAGUGUGCUUUAGAGAACAUCAUGUAGUGUGCUUUAGAGAACAUCAUUUAGUGUGCUUUAGAGAACAUCAUUAG